AUGGAGAUCGCCAAACAGACACUAAAAGAUCCCAUUUUAUGCAAAAUAUUUCAUUUUAUACAAAAGGGCUGGCCCCAAAAUACUACUUAUGCAGGAGAAUUUUCACGAUUUUAUGCGAGAAGAGAAGCCCUACCAGCAGUAGAAAAUUGUAUUUUAUUCGGAGAGAGAGUCGUAAUUCCAAAUAUCCUGCAGCAAAGAUGCCUUAGGCAAUUUCACCGUGGACACCCUGGCAUUCAAAGAAUGAAAUCGUUAGCUCGUAGCUACGUAUACUGGCCUUCAAUAGAUAGUAAUAUAAGCGAAUGCGUAGCUUCUUGCGAGAAAUGUCAAACUGCAGCGAAAACACCAGCACAUUCACCUCAUGUUCCUUGGCCUAAAUCGUCAUCUCCAUGGCAGAGAGUUCAUAUCGAUUAUGCAGGCCCAGUAGAGGGAGAUUAUUUCCUUAUAAUCGUAGAUGCUUACUCCAAAUGGCCAGAGGUUAUUAAAACAUCAAGUACUACUGCUUCAGCGACCAUAGCAAUUUUAAGAGGAAUAUUUGCACGUUUUGGCAUUCCAGUUACACUGGUGAGUGAUAAUGGGACGCAAUUUACAAGCGGAAUUUUUGCAGAUUUUUGCACAAGUAAUGGCAUACAACAUUUAAGAACGGCACCUUUUCAUCCUCAAUCUAACGGCCAAGCUGAGAGGUUCGUAGAUACGUUCAAGAGAGCAAUGAAAAAGAUUUGUUCAGAUGAUACUUCGCUUCCUGAGGCAAUAGAUUUAUUUUUGCAAACAUAUCGAUCCACUCCAAACCCAGCCAUUGAUGAAAACAAAUCACCAGCCGAGGUCAUGUUAGGGCGUCAAAUGCGCACAUGUUUUGACUUGUUGCGGCCCACUGCUAUUUCCAAUGAGCCUAGAGUACCGGAUAAUAUGAGGGUUUUGCAUUGUGGAGAACUGGUAUACGUCAAAACGUUUUAUAGAAACAAUUGGAAAUGGGAGCCUGCAAUUGUAACAAAGAGAUGCGGUAGCGUUAUGUACGAGGUUAAAACUAGUUUCCAGCGUAUACUUCGUAGGCAUAUAAACCAAAUGCGCAGGCGUUCUGUAAGCUUCCAUCAAUCAAAUCGUCCUUCACAACCCAUGGCGUUGGAUGUACUCUUGGGAACGUGGAAUGUACAGCCAAGAACAUCACCGAUAUCCAGCGACGUAAAUCAGUGUACGCCAUUGCUAUCGUCUGUGUCGUCACCCAAUUCUAAGCCAGCAUCGUUCGCGUCUUCACCGUCAUCGUCACCAUCGUCUACAUUAUUAUCUACGUCUGAGUCAGCAUCGUCCACGUCCUCACCGUCAUCGUCAUCAUCGUUGUAUGAUUCGUCUUCAGUGUACACAUCAUGUUCACCGACACCUGAAGAAGAAUAUCCUGUCCUGUUAGCUGAUAACAGUUCUGCCGAGCAAUUGGAAGAUGAUAAUGGGGGAACGCAACUGGUACAAGCACCACGUCGAUCUUCUAGAAAUAAAAGACCUCCACGUUGGUUGAACCAGUACCAGCUAUCUUAACAGGGGGAGAUGUUGUGGACAGAACCAGCAUCGCGCGACAUUGCCACUCUGGGUUGUUCGCUAUAAGCGACAACCGUUGACGUUGGUAGCCAUCAGCGAUACAGG